ACUUGAUUCAUUCCAAUCAGGAAGAAAUCAACUAACGAUGUAAGUUUAAGCAUUGUUAUAAAGAUUUGAAAUGUCACGCAAAUCAUGUUUAUGUUGGAUUAUUCUAUGGAGUGCUGCUUGGGCUGUCUCAGCUGACAUUCUCUCAAAUGAAAGCAUGACAUGGUUUGAUGCAAAGGGAAGAGGUAACUUUGCAACACCCAACAUACUAGUGAAUAGUUCAACAUUUAUCGUAAAUAUAUCAACAGACCUAAAUGAUAACGAGGAAGUGUGGGUUGGAUAUUUUAAAAAGGGGACGGCAUUUGCGUACAUUGGAUGUGGCUUUAUAAACAAUGCAAAACCCACAAUAUUGUUACCGGAAUCUAGAAAUUCACCUGGUCUUUGCUAUUCGAUGUGCAAUAAGUAUUACCAUCAAUAUAUUGGAUUGAACAAGGAUAAGUGCUUUUGUAUGAAAGAAAAACCAAUUGAGAACAUAAGUUUGCCCGAAUGUGAUAUUUCACCAAAUGGAACUUGGGUAGCUGGCGGAGGCAGUGAAUAUAUGUCAAUUUACGAAAGGCUGAAGACAGAAAUGAAUGUAGGAAGAAAUAAGGACAAUGAAGAGUGCUUAAUUUUUGAAAGUAAUUAUAGACUCUGGUGGAGCGACUGCCAUCAUAGUUAUCUAUCGUUAUGUUUAAAAGGUAACAGUUUUACGUAUUUCGUUAAAUAGACAUUUUAUAAUUCUAAAUUUAAUGAGUAUUAGGUAUCACAAUUUAUGUUGAGUAACAUACAUGUUUACUUAAAACUUUCCGAAUAUGAUGUACGGCCAGUGGUAGUCUGAGUAGCCAAGAAAAAAAUCAGUCACCAGUAAUAAAAUUUAUUAUCAGACCUAGAUCUUUUUAAUUAUGUAUAAAUAACGUUCAUCGACAAACUAUGCAUUUUUUAGAACGAUAGUAAAACAACGGGAUAAAGUCAAUAACAUGAUGGUUCUU